AUGUGUUUCGCGAAGAGUAGGCAGUAUUCUGGGCCAUACGAUGCCACCAACGCCCUCAGGCAUUUCCAUGGUCAUGCGUGGCCUCUGUCGUUGAAAUCAUGGCUGCAGGAGGUCACCUCCCCUACUUCCAAACCCCGACCCAAUCAUACCUGGUUUCUCCCUCUUCCAGGUCAUCAAGGAGUGCGGUUGCCGCCGAGUGAAGCUGAAACCAUGGGAAACAAGAAUCCUCCAGAUGAGAGGGUGGUGUAUCUAGCGCUGAAGAAUAUAUUCAAGGGACCCAGUGCCGAAGCGAAGAUCCGCUUUCCGGAGGUGUUCGAUGUGUCUCCAGUCCAGAGCGCAGAGAGGGAGGCGUCCGAGGCUGAGGCUGCCAGGAACGAGGCAAAUGCAAUCAAAGACGCCGUGCAUGGCCCCCAGGAGCACGCUCGGGAUGUGAUUCAGGUCAGAAGAGCGGUUGAGACGGGGAGAGAUAAUAAGCCGUCGACAUUAAAGAAAUCGCGCCACAUUCCCUCGCUAUUUCCGAUCUACCUGCCCUUAAGAUCCCAGCACCUGCUUCUGGCAAAGGUGCAAACCAUCUUGGAACAGACAUGCUUUGAGUUUGGGCAGCAUGUGAUGCCGGAUGUUCUGCAGAAGAAUCACUGGGAUUGUCCUGAAUCGGCUGACCUUAAUGUCUGGGCUACAGAAUUGCUACCGCGCCAGGAUGUGUUUGCUGACAAUAAGGGCUAUGUGGGAAAGCCUCUUGAGAAGCUAUUCCGCUCUGUAGCUGACAUCCGGCAUACUGCUGUGCACCGUAUCCAUACCUUCGGCGGGACACGCAGUCGGCGAUUGAGGAGCUGGAGCGCAACAAGCACCUCUCUGGGCUCGAAACUCGACGAGACACUAAAGAGGAUAGCCCGCUCAGCGGGGAAGGAGCUCGACCGUGUCGAGCAGUCGGCUAUAACUGAGAUGGUGAAGGAAGAUGGCGAGUACCAGGUGUUGGCUGGCUCGAACUUGGAGCAGGCCAUUGCGUCCUCGGAGGCGAUGGCUCUGACUGCUGCCGUUACAGGGAAUGAGACAAGUUCUGACAUGGAUGACGUGGAUAGUGUCGAAGACUGUCGUGUGUCCGGCUUGGCUGGAUAUAGCAUGCAAACUGAUAUGUAA